AUGGCUGGUUUCAACUUAUCUGAAGAGUCCAAGGAAAGACUUACCAAGGCGCUUGCUACUGCUCAAACCAUCACCCACUACGGCUGGUUGCCACUUGUAGUGUACCUUGGAUGGGCUUCCACCCAGCAGAAACCAAACUUGGUGUCCCUCUUGUCGCCAUUGCCCUCUGCCUAA